AUGCACGCCACCGUCUUCGGGAACGUGACGUCGAUCAUCCAGCGCAUGUACCUCCGCCGCUCCCUCUACCAGACCAAGUGGAGGGACCUUAAGGACUUCCUCUCCAUCAACCAGAUCCCCAAGGAGCUCCGGCAAAGGAUGCAGGACUACUUUCAGACCAUGUGGAGCCUCAAUCAGGGCAUUGACAUCCAUGAGACCCUGAAGGAAUUCCCCGAGGAGCUGCGCGGCGACAUCUCGAUGCACAUCCACCGCGAGAUCCUGUCCCUCCCGAUCUUCGAGACGGCGAGCCACGGCUGCCUCAAGCUCCUCAGCCUGCACAUUCGCAACAACUUCUGCGCCCCGGGGGAGUACCUGGUGCACCGGGGCGACGCCUUGCAAUAUAUCUACUACCUGUGCAACGGAUCCAUGGAGGUCGUUAUGGAUGAUAUGGUGGUCGCCAUCCUGGGCAAAGGUGACCUGGUCGGUAGUGACGUCGAUGUUCACCUCAGCUCCGGACCAGACACGCCGGUGAAGUCAUCUUGUGACGUCAAAGCCCUGACCUACUGUGACCUCAAAUCCAUCUACAUCGCGGGUCUCCUGGACGUCCUCAAGUUGUACCUCGAGUAUCAGCAGCAAUUCGCCAACGACAUCAAGCACGACCUGACUUACAACCUGCGGGAGGGUUACGAUAGUGAGCAACAGGACAUGGAGAUCGAGUCCGGCAAGAACCUGCUGCCGUCGAUCAGCGAGGACGACGAGGAGCGAGGCAGCGACGACGAGGACAAGUCUCCCGUGUCGACGUCUCCGCGCUCGCCCCUGCACGCGCGCAACGCCUCAAGGUUCAACUUCAGUGGCCGGAACGACGAGGAGCUGGGCAGUCCUCGCUGGGGGCACCGCAGCCGCGAGAGGACCGCCGGCGGGAUGUCGUCGUCCCGCACCGCCCUCAAGACGCUCUCGCCGACGCGCCUGCAUCACCGCUCCAGCGACGAACUCAGGGGCGACGAGCAGGCCAAGGUGCAGCUGGAGAAGCUCGACACGCAGGUCACGACGCUCCACACGGACGUCAGCGGCUUGACGCAGGAGGUUCGUUCGGCGAUCCAGAUCCUGCAGGCCAUCAGUCGGCAGAACGUGGGCGGCGGCGACGGCGGCGGCGACGGCGGCCCCAGCGACGGCGCCGGCAACUACUACAACAGCAGCGGGCGGCUGGGCACCGGGAACGGCUCUGUCGCCACCUACAUGGAGGCGACGCGCAUAUUGCCGCUGUGCCGCUCCUCGCCCAGCGUGUUCGUGUCCUGCGGCGACUCCCGCAGCAGCUCGUCGCCCGCCCGCCACCGCUACCGCCACGCCUCCACGCAGACGGAUCAGCCUAUCAACGUGCCCGUGGCCGUUCUCGAGGCCUUCGUCCUAGCGCACCGUCCGAGGGUCCUACAGCUCCUGGGGAUUCAGGAGGUGGCCGAGGAGCCCGCCUCGCCCAGCGCCCCCGGCUGCGGCCCUCUCGGCUCGCCGGUCGCUCCGGCAGGCGGCUCCUCCCCGCCCACGGCCGGCGGCGCCCGCAAGUGCUCCGUCAUCGCCGGCAGCAGCAACAGCAACAGCAACAGCAGCUCGCGGAGCCUGGAGUCGACCGGCGCCGACGCGGAGAGCCUGGCCGCCGAGGACCCCGCGGACCUGCACUCCGUCUCCGCGCCAAAUCCUUCCAUCACCGUGCAGCGCGCGUCGCCCUCCGGAGACGCCAGGAACAACAACAACAACAAGACGUCGAGCACGCAGAUAGAGACGUACCAGCUGACCAACAUCCAGAACUGGAACCCCAACCCACAGUUCCAGAGAACGGCCAUCUCGGGCUCGCGCAGCAUCGGCAGCCUGAAGGACAUCCUCUCCUCGGCCUCGUCCAAGGCGAAGAGCCACGCCCACCAGUUCAACAUCCAGGAGAACGACAGCGCCGCCUCGCACAUCCACUGCCACAGCGACCACUCGGACCCCAACAACCCCCUGGUUCACUACGGCUGCGCCUCCGACUGCCCCUCCAAGGAUCUCAUCUACUUCUCGGAGAUCAAUCACGCCAUGACGCGCAGCACAUCCAUGCCCGUGGCCAGCUUCAGGUACUCGCCGUACCCUUCCAGCGCCUCCCUGAGUUCGAAGCCGCCGUUCAAGAGAGAGGCGGACGCGGCAGAAAAGGGCGCUGCCCUCGUGGAGACGGUCCUGUUGCCCAACACGACGGUCGAGACGCGGGCCAACAGUAGCAAACCGAGCUACGUAACGGAUUUUUAGCCCCGUUGCUGGCCGAGCCGCGGAGUGCUGGGGGGCGGAUGGUACAAAGGUAGAUCCAGAAAUAGACUUUUAUUCUUAAAAUUGUGUUUGUUAGUUUGCGAGUGAGCGGGGACAUUCAGGGCUGCCACUGCUCAUCACGGAGAAGAAAAUACUGAAGUGCAAGUGAUGGUUCACUUUGCAGUGAUCUUUGUAUAUCAAAACAUUUUUCAGUGCAAUGUAGAUCUCAUUUUAUCAAGUAAAAUUUAAACAGAUGAAUCCAGAGCAACGUUGCUCUUAAAAUAAGCUUUCGAGCAACUAACACGUACGCUGUAACACUGAAAACCCAAAUUUCAAAUUUCCUGUUUUCAAUCAAGAAAAAAUGUACCUGACAUGCCUAUCACGGUGAAUGACAGGUUAGGGUAUUGGACUAGGAAUCAAAGAGCUAUUUUCCACACUGUCUCGACCUACUUUAGUAUUCCCCUCUUAUUUCUGAUAUUCAUACAAUGUAUGAAUUACUUAUUUAAUUUGACUAACCGAAUUCAGUGUUUGAAAUCACUGAACUGAACUUUUAGGAACCCUGUAUAGUACAAAAUAACAGGGUUCUGCUGUAUAUUAAUGGUCUUAGCGUUUGUAAAUAUUAAUAAUAUAAUGAUAUAUAUAUAUACAAUAUGUCAUAAAUUCCCAGGAACUUGGAGUUCCUGUACAUAUUAAAUAUCUAAAUAUUGUCAACCUCAAAACUUGGAUCUAAGUGUUCAAGCCAGAGUGAAAACCUUUGGAGAGCUUGCCUACAAAAAAAUAUAUAUAUAUAUUUCGUACAGUCUGUCAAAUAGCACUGAAAAGAGUGGCUCCUACGUUUGGUGUCAGCUGUCAGUUUUGGAGAAAAUAUGAAUUAAACGUUUGUUUAUAUAUGUAAAAGGAAUAGUUACACGUUCUUUUUACUGGCGAGAGUGAUACAAUCAACUGUAAUCUCCUGCGCCAUUGAAUUACUGUGAAAUAUGUGAAGGUUGGUUGAAAGAUGCCAACAUCUUAUUGUGCAAGUGUCUCGUGAACCUAACUGACAAUGAUUCAGUCUGUGAGUUGUUCCGCAGCUUAAAUCGACAGUGGCGAGUUACUGAAUAGGAUAAGGGAGGACGCCAGCAGCAUAGCAAGCCACUCUAAAGCUUGUAAAUUACAAGCCACUGAACUCAUUUUGGCGAGCGUAAAUAUUCAAGCCAAAAACUCCUUGGAUCACACUCCAGAUCCACAGCACUGACUCAAACGCAAUACUUCAUUAAAGGAAAAAAAUAUUAGGUUAACAAGCAAUUCAACCUUGUCUGUAAAGGGGCAUUGCUCGAUCUUCUUAUGACCUUUUUUUAUUAUUUAAUUAUGCCGCUCUGUAUGCUCUUCGUGUUUUAAUUUGUGUCAGUGAGUGUCCGUGUUAAGUGUGUAAAAACAAAAGACUUUAGUGAUUUUUUAGUGAUCAUUUAAGGGAGCUACCAAGCAGGCGACGCUUUUGUUUGUGAGCUGAAUCAGUUGCAGCAUUAUCAUCAUCUCAGGUUAUUUUCAAAUUCGAGUGAAGAUAAAUAUAAAAAAAAGACACUUGUGAAACACGAUUCGAACCAUCUCCUGUCCAUUUCCCAGGCUCAACAGACCUGUACGUUAAGUUAUGAGUAAGAACAUGAAGGUUAUGAGUAUUACGUGUACAUUUUUGGUGUUGCAGGUGGCGAUUGUACAGUGCGUAUUGUAUGUAAUAUCUUAUUUUUUCCCGAAUGUGAGUAUGUAAUUGCGUGUGGGUGUGUGUGUGAGAAAAAGAGAGAGAGAGAGUAAUGAGGAUAUUGGAUAAAUUUAUAAUGAAAUUUUACGGGAACACAAGUUCUUAUGUAAGAUGGAAUACAUUUAUACAGGUGUACAGAUUUUAUGCUUCUGUUGUGUGUGCAUCCUAAUCCCCAAAGAAAAUAUUGAAGAAAGAAACUAUUUAAGACAUUUUUUCUUCAGUUCUUUCCGAAAAUCCAUUUCCUUGAGUCAACAACUCCCCCCCCCCCCCCAUACACAAAAAAAAUUGAUUAAAAAAAUAAAUAAAACGGCUUGUAACAAUCCUUCCUUAUUUUGGAAAAUCGUGUAAAUCCAACGAAUAUUUCCUGCCUCUCCAUACCUUGUGAGCAAAAAUAGAAGAAGAUAAAUAAUAAAGGUCACUCGCAUUUAUAAAUAUAAGUAAGGAUAAAUAUAAAGAAACUUUUACGCACAUGCUCGUUGCGGAUGGAAGAAAAUGGCGGCCAUUAUGUCUACAGAAACCCUACCGUGUGGGGCUUAUAUAUUUCGUUUCUUGCCGUCACUCCUUCCACCAACUGCAUAAUAAUCCUACUUGAAGUAUUUACUAGGUAUGGAUAAUUCAUUUGACACUGAAGAAGAGUGAAAUAAUGCACAACCGUCCCUUGGUUAGCAAUGUAGGCCAAGACUUCAAGUGACAAUUGUUUUCCCGUCGAUACAGUUUAUAUUUGUUUUUCUUUCAUGGUUCCUUGGGUAAUGUCUGCUCAAAUUGCUUUCUCCUUAUGUCAGAAAGGUGGGGACUUAACGCUUGGUUAAAAAUGACCAGCAGUAGACAUAUAUUAAUUCACGUGAAAAUUUAAAAAAAAGAAAAAAACACGAACAGAAAUUUCGUUUAAAUCUGGGUGGCGUUAAAUCCGGGUCGAUCAAAGCAUUCAAAUAUUGAUGUUACAAUAAACUUUCAUACGUUGCAUUAAAAUCUUUAGCUUAAAAAAAAAGAACUUGUGUCGCGUGGACAUAGAACCACGUGUAUAACUGUAAGGAAAAAUGAAAGCUUAAAUCUUUCAUACCACGGGUUAGUUUUAAAAUGAGCGGAUAAAAUAACUGUCCAGUGAACUUCUUCUAAACUUUCCAGUCAAGGAGAGUAUUCAUAUAAUUUUCAGAGCUCAAUUUUCGAGCUCACUAGUAAUUUUUUUUAUUUGUUAAAAUGUCUUUAAACAGGGAAACAUUGUCUGUUUAUUAUCAGUCACAUUCCAGCUAUGUGGGCCUACUGAUUUCCAAGACAUUAACAGGAAUUUGUCAUACCUCUCUUGACCGCCAGUCAGUAAGCCCUUACAAUAGCCGAUCAUAAUGUCUUGUUAGUCUUUAUUGAUAUGAGUGAAUGAUUUCAUAAUUAAGUUUGAUUAUAUAUAUAUAUAUAUAUAUAUAUAUAUAUAUAUAUCAACGUAUGUAUUUAUAUUUAUAUUUAUACACAAACACACGCAUACGAGCGUGUGCAUGUAUAUUAUACAUGUAUUUUUUUUUCUGUUCUAGGGGAAACGUAGUGAUAUCAAAAGGAAUGCUGUAAAUUGUGUCAUAUAUCCCUUGUGGAUUUGUGUAAUAAGAGCUAUUUUCUUUGACUAUUGAAGAUUCCCCAGUUGUGAAUCUUUUUGUUAUAAAACUCCUAUCAACAAUUGUAUAAGUUAGUGUUAAGUUCAGUCUAAGACUUCAAUCUUUGGCCGGAUAUUCUCCCCUCUCCGGCUGUGUAUUUUCCUAAGAUGUUAUCAGAUCGCAGAGUGUAUUUAAUAUUUCAUUAUCGUAAAGAUGAAUUUAAUUUUCCGUUUUGAAUUGCUUUCCUUGUGUAUCCGUGUAUGUGAAAAGUCUCCCGGAAAAUAUGAAAUACGUUUGAUAAGUCAAAAUGACAAUGCAAUAGAAUUCAUGGAAAAAAAUAGAAAUUUGUAAAGUUUAAAGAAAUAUAUUGGCACUUGGAAUUUUAUGAAAAAGAAAGAAAACUGACAUUUAAAAAAAAAACGGACCAACUGUUUGAAUCCAAUAACCGUUGGUGUUUGUUACCUGACUAUGUCGUAUCUAUGUGUUCUCUCUAUCUCUCUAUAUAUAUAUUUAAAAAAAAAGAAGAUAAUAAUAAUACAUAUCUCAAUUA